AUGCAGGAGAUACUAAAGCACCACGAAAAAGUAGUUCUUUUGGAAAAAAGAGAAAAAGAUGGCGAAUCCUUUGUGAAUGAUUACCGAGUUGUUCGAACAGUCAAGGAAGGCAAAUUCAGCAAAGUAAUUUUAUGCGAAAAGGACGGGAAAUUCUACGGAAUAAAAAAAUAUGAAAAAAAAGUUUUGGAAAAACAAAGAGAAUUUUAUAAAAGCAAUAAAUGUGCCCCAGUGAUAAUACGUUCCAAAUAUGACGAUAUAAAAAAAGAAUUAGAAAUUUUGGCAGACAUAAAAAAUGAAUAUUGCCUAUCCUGUGAUGAAAUUAUAACAAAUUAUAAUGAAAUUUAUAUUGUGAAUAAUUAUAUGGAAAAUGAAUCUAUAUUGCAGUAUGAUGGUACUUUUUUUGUUGUCCAUAAGAAUGAACAUACAUUUAUUGCUCUUCCAGUUAUUAAAUGCAUUGUUAAGAGUGUCUUAAAGUCACUUGUCUAUAUUCAUACAAUAAAAAAUAUAUGCCAUCGGGACGUAAAACCAUCCAAUAUAUUUUUAAGCAAAAGUGGUAUUAUAAAAUUGGGAGACUUUGGUGAAUCCCAGUACAUGAUGACCAACAGAGAGAUACACGGAACCAAGGGAACAUAUGAAUUCAUGCCUCCAGAAUUCUUUACCAACGAAUCGUGUUACUACGGAGAGAAGGUAGAUAUAUGGGGUUUAGGCAUUUGUCUGUACGCUUUGUUUUAUCGCGUUUUGCCAUUCACCCAAAGGAAAUCAUUAAUUCAGUUGUUCCAAGAUAUUGGCAGGGGUCAAGUACAAUAUCAUUUGAAUCGAAAUAACUUUUUAUAUGAAUAUACUAAAAAAAAGUUUCCAUCUUGCGACCGAUCUCUCUCAAAUAUGGACAUUGAAUUUUUGAGCUAUCUUUUGAGGAAGAACCCAAGAGAUAGGUUCAGUUCGGAAGAGGCGCUCGAACACGAAUGGCUGAAAGACGUUAACUACACGUACAUACAACAAUAUGCAGAAGAAAUCUAUAAAAAGAAAAAGGAACUAUAA